AUGAAGUGGUGGACCUCCUAUGCCCUUCAGGAGGACGAAGUGAAGGAGGACAGGCCGAAGGAGCAGCCCUUAGCCUUCGACAAGGAGGCGCAGUUCGCCAAAACCAACCGCAGCCGCAAAGAUCCGGCGCGGGAUCCGACGUUCGGCCGUUCGGAUCCCAUGGCGCUGGCCUGCGGGACUUGCGAGUGGCGGGAGAAGCACCGGGCGGCGCAGAGCGCCUGCAAGGAGUCGCGGUUUUUCGAAGCGGUGCAGCUCAUCAACUGCGCCCUCGAGGCCUUGGAGCAGCAGAUCCCGGAGGCCAAGCACCGGCCUGCGCUGCUGCUCACAGAGCCUCAGACCUUCGCAGAGGAGCUGCAGGGCUCUCUGGGGGAGCACGCGCCGCACGUGGCGGAGCUCUGGGCCACGCGCGCGGACAUCUUGAUGAACCUCGGGGGCCUGAAGCGCGCCUCCGGCGAGCUGGCGGCAGCGGCUCUGCUGGCGCCCGAGGUGCCACGAAUCCAGGAGCUGCAGGCAGAGUGCCGGAAGCUGGAGCGAUACCAGGAGGAGGGCAUUGCAGAGGAGGCGGCGACGGCAGCGCAGGGCAAGGUGCCUGCCCACAUCCUCACGGGAUUCCUGGGCUCCGGCAAGACGACGCUGCUGAAUCACAUCCUCCAGGAGACCAGCGGCAGGCGCUUCGCCGUCAUCGAGAACGAGUUCGGGGAGAUCGGCAUCGAUGACAAGCUCAUCGCUCGCAGGGAGGACUUGGGUGCGGAACAGAUCAUCGAGAUGAACAACGGCUGCAUUUGCUGCACUGUCAGAGGGGACUUGAUCCAGGGCCUCCGCAGCAUCUUGAAGAAGACCUCCCUGGAGGGCACGAAGCUGGAUGGGGUGAUCAUCGAGACCACCGGCCUCGCGGACCCCGCUCCGGUGGCGCAGACCUUCUUCGCCGACGACCUGAUCCAGGCGAAGAUGACCCUGGACGGCAUCAUCACGGUGGUGGACGCGAAGCACUGCCUGCAGCAUCUGCGGGAGGAGAAGCCGGAGGGCGUGGAGAACGAGGCGGUGGAGCAGCUGGCCUUUGCGGACCGCAUCAUCGUGAACAAGACCGACCUGGUCUCCGAGUCGGAGAUUGAAGAGUUGACGAAGGAGGUGCGAAGCAUCAACCGCCUGGCGCCGAUGAUCUACACCCAGAAGUCGAAGGUGAAGGUGGAGGAGAUCAUCGGCAUCCGGGGCUUCUCGCUGGACCGAGUUCUCGACAGCGACGCGGAGUUUCUGAGGGACGACCAGGACCACCAGCACGACCAGACGGUGAGCUCGGUCGCUCGGCCGCUCACAGGUGGGCAUCGAGUGCCCUGGGGAGUGCGACAGGGAGAAGCUGAACGCUUGGAUCGCCAAGCUCCUCACGGAGCGCGGGACAGACAUCUUCCGCACCAAAGGUGUGCUGGCGGUGAAGGGAUGCGACGAGCGCUUUGUUUUUCAAGGGAUCCAUAUGAUCUUCGGCGGCCAGCCGCAAGAUCCUUGGCCUGAAAACGAGGAGCGCAAGAAUCGGCUGGUUUUCAUUGGCCGUAACCUGGAUCGGGCCGAGCUGGAGAGAGGCUUCAAAGCCACCUUGGUCUGAGAGCAGUCUUUUCGACAAGAAGCCGCCGGCGAAGAGCGAACU